CACACUCUUUCCUGUUAAAGCGUAUGCUAUUAGAAGUGAACUACACAUCCCGGAGUGCCCCUGAUAACCCCUCUCGUCUGGAUCUGUAUGAUUCGGCGCUGGGCUGGAGACCGAGCAGGAUUAUACUGCAAGCAGGGCGCUUUUGUUGAACCAGAGGAAGAGGGAGCUAUAGAGAGUAUUAUUAAGAAGACUGUACACCGGAGGGGGGCGAGAACUGAACAUAUCUGCCUCUAGCAGGGUUUUCACUAAAUGCUCCAGCCCUUACAUUGAGAAGAGCCAAGCAUUGGGAUUGGGCAGCGACCAGAUAGCGUAACACCCCCUCCUCCUCUCUGUUGAGAAUUGCGUUAAAACGAAAAGGAAAGGCCUGCGCUUUAUCGAUAUUACGAGGUUUUUUAAUUUUUAUUUUUCAUACAGAUUAAACGAGGAAACGUUGUUGGCUGGUGUAUGUGUUUAGAAUGGGACACGCUGAAGGUCCAUUCAAAGAAAAAGACAGUUAAGGAUGCAGGAGCCCAACAAUGGAUUUCUCCUUCUCUUUCAUGCAAGGGAUCAUGGGAAAUACAAUUCAGCAACCCCCUCAGCUCAUUGACUCAGCCAACAUCAGACAGGAAGGCACCUGCGACACCGGCAGUGACCCGGGCGAGGAUGGUGGACCCUCCUAUGAUGCUGCCCUGGAUGCAGAGUUUUCUUACCCGCCAUCGGCCUCAGAGGACAUGUCGCAGGUUUCCAACGGCUACCCGCCGGGUCUGGGCAUGUACGAGCCACAGGCAAAGUUCUCCAUGUACUCGCAGUUCCCCAACGGCUCAGCUAACGGCUACGGGGCCAUACGGAGCUACGGAGAGCAUGGUCUCAUGCCAGGGGAGGGAACGGUCCUGAGAGGUCCAGGCCUCCAGGAGAGACCUUUGUCUCCUGUGUCUCCCCCUUUGCACACACAUCACCCACACCUCCACCACCAUCACCAUCACCCCCAUCACCACCACCACGCACACCACUUCCACUCAAACCCACCUCAUAUACAAACCCACCCGCACCCACAGAGUCCUCCGCCGCCACCACUGCCCUCCCAGCACCACCUGCCUCAGACACCACACAUCAUGACCCACACUCUCCCCCCUCCUCCCCCAUUACACCUGCCUUCCUCCAGUCCUCCCCCAUCCCUUGUGGACAGUACCCCCUCUUCUCAGCCCCCGCAUGCCCUGUCCAACACCCCUGGUGGGGUGUUAAAGAAAACCAGCUCUCCAGAGAUAAAGCUGAAGAUCAUAAAGACGUAUCACAAUGGAAGGGAGCUGUUUGAAUCUGCGCUGUGUGGAGACCUACUGCAAGAACUGCAGAAGGAGUCUCAAAAGAAGGAGGCCACUCAGAUGCAGCGCAGACAUGAGAGGAAGAAGGAGAAGAGGAAAAAGAGUGCGAGACUGCAGCUGCAAAUCCAGGAACAGAACCUGGACCAGAGCCAAACACAGGCAGGUACUACAGGCCAGACAGAGGACAUCCACAUUCAGCCCCAGCCAAUAGAAUCACCCCCAGCACAGACAGAGAAGCCUCAGAAGACCGUUAUCAAAACUGAACCAAAGACGCCAAAGGUUCCGAAGGUCCAUCAUCCAUCAGUGAUCCAAGAGACGGGCUUUUGUAAGGAGUUUGUUAUAGGAGAUCUGGUGUGGUCCAAAGUGGGCACCUACCCCUGGUGGCCUUGCAUGGUCUCGUCUGACCCACAGAUGAAGGUCCACACUCGCAUCAACACCAGAGGUCACAGGGAAUAUCAUGUCCAAUUCUUCGGGAGUGUUGCUGAGCGAGCGUGGAUCCACGAGAAGAGAAUAGUCAUAUACCAGGGGAAGCAACAGUUUGAUGAUCUUCAGGCUGAGACGUUGCGCAAGGCCACAAACCCCGUAGAGAAACACAAACUUCUGAAGCCCAUCCCUCAGCGGGAGCGUUCUCAGUGGGAGGUGGGUGUGGGCCACGCUGAAGACGCCUUUGCGAUGACGCGGCAGGAGCGAAUUGACAAUUACACCUUCAUAUACAUUGACCCAGACCCUAAUGAAGCUCCACCCAGCAAGAAACCCAACAUCAGAGCUGAGAAACGAAACCGGCGCUCCAGCGGCUCAAUCCGUAAGAAGGAAGACGCAAGAGUUAAGUCACCAGACAGAGAACAACCACCACGAAGGCAGCUGCCCCGCAGACAGUGUAGUGUUUCAAACGCAGAUGACGGUGCAAACUCCCAGGCCUCUAAUGAAGAGAAGAACCAGAGAGGGGACCAGCAUAAGGCCGGCUCCCCGAAACAGAACGCUGGUUGUGAUGCACGAGUGCAGCAAGACUCACCGCCACCGGUCAGGGCCUGGAAAACUGCAGCUGCCAGAAAGCUGCUGCCGCUCUCCAUCACCAUGAAGAGACUGAAUGUGGAGAUAACGAAGUGUGACUGGCCUCUUCUGCAGAAAAAAGCAGUUCCUUCUCCGAAAAAGGACAAAGAAGAAGAGAAGGAGGAGAGAGUGGAGAGAGAGGCCAGGCAGCCUGACCUGGGAUACUGCUCCCCUGAGCAGGACUGCAGAGCUAAACCUGAGCCUAGUCCUGAGGAGGAGGAAGAUGGGGAUGAAGGGGAGGAAGAGGGGGAGGAGGGUAGAGGCUCCCCCGCCAGUCGGAGAAGUGAGGAGGGAGGAAUGCAGCAGACAUCCUCUCCUGGAUCACACCACAGCAGUCCACAAGGUUCUCAGGAGAGGAAGCUGCAGCGGCGGUCCGUCAGGAGCCGGUCUGAGUCAGAGAGAGGCAGCGAUCCCGUCCCUAAGAAGAAAACCAAAAAGGAACAGGCAGAGAUGGCGCCUGAGACCACACUGAAGACAGGUUCGCAGAAAGGAGCCAGUGAGAUCUCAGAUGCCUGUAAGCCCUUGAAGAAGCGAAGCAGAGCGUCAACAGACGUAGAGAUGGCUUCUUCUCAGUACAGAGACACUUCUGAUUCUGACUCCAGAGGCCUCAAUGAUCCACAGGGUUUAUUUGGGAAGAGUCUUGACAGUCCAGCAGCAGCAGAUGCAGAUGCUUCAGAUACUCAGUCCGUGGACUCUGGCUUGUCCCGUCAGGACAGCAGCACCGGCAAGAGAGACACCGUCUGCCAGAUCUGCGAGGUGUAUGGAGAAGGUUUGGUGGUGUGUGAAGGUGACUGCAACAGACAGUUUCAUCUGGAGUGUCUUGGUCUGACUACCCUACCUGAAGGCAGAUUCACCUGCUUGGAAUGUAGAAAUGGUAAUCAUCCUUGCUUUAGCUGUAAAACAGCAGGCCCAGAUGUGACGCGUUGCUCUGUGUCCGGAUGUGGUUGUUACUACCACGAGGAUUGUGUCCGGAAACUCUUGGGCACCACCAGCUGUCCGGGCGGAGGCUUCAGCUGCCCCCAGCACAACUGCUCUACCUGCUGCCUGGAGAGAGACCUGCAACGAGCCAGUAAAGGUCGUCUGAUGCGUUGUAUCCGCUGUCCAGUGGCUUACCACACGGGAGACAGCUGCGUGGCGGCAGGCAGCGUCAUCCUCACCCAUCACAUCAUGAUCUGCAGCAGCCACGGCAGCGCCAAGAGGAACGGCCUCCUCACUUCCCCUGUCAACGUGGGCUGGUGCUUCCUGUGUGCCAGAGGGCUGUUAGUGCAAGACCUUACUGACACCAUAUUAAGUUCAUAUGCCUAUAAGUCCCACUACCUUCUGACUGAGUCAAAUCGUGCUGAGUUGAAAUUACCUAUGAUUCCCUCUCCUUCGUCAGCUACCAAAAAGAAUGUUGGGAAAGGAGGCAAGUUGCUGUGCUGCGACUCAUGCCCAGCUUCCUUCCACCCGGAGUGUCUGGAGAUGGAGAUGCCAGAGGGGGUCUGGUCCUGCAGUGAUUGCAGGGCAGGGAAGAAACCUCACUACAAACAAAUUGUCUGGGUCAAACUGGGCAACUACAGGUGGUGGCCAGCAGAGAUCUGCAACCCUCGCUUGGUGCCAUCAAACAUUCAGAGCCUCCGCCACGAUAUCGGUGACUUUCCCGUCUUUUUCUUUGGCUCCCAUGACUACUACUGGAUCAACCAGGGCCGUGUCUUCCCCUACGUGGAGAAUGACAAGAACUUUGUCACGGGUCAAAUCAACAUGAACAAAACCUUCAAGAAAGCUCUGGAAGAAGCAGCUCGGCGGUUUCAGGAGCUUAAGGCUCAGAGGGAGAGCCGGGAGGCAUUAGAGCAGGAACGCAACUCUCGGAAACCUCCACCUUACAAAUUCAUCAAGUCCAACAAACCAGUGGGGAAAGUUCAGGUGCACGUAGCUGACUUGUCAGAAAUCCAACGAUGCAACUGCAGACCAACAGAUGAGCAUCCUUGCAGCCUCCAUUCCCAGUGUCUCAACCGCAUGCUGCAGUAUGAGUGUCAUCCACAGGUGUGUCCUGCAGGGGAGAGCUGUGAAAACCAGUGUUUCUCCAAGCGGCUGUAUGCAGAGACAGAAGUGGUAAAGACAGACGACCGUGGUUGGGGCCUCAAGACAAAGCAGGCCCUCAAGAAGGGUGACUUUGUGACAGAGUAUGUGGGAGAGGUGAUAGACUCAGAGGAGUGCCAGCAGCGAAUCAAACGUGCUCAUGAAAAUCACAUCUCCAACUUCUACAUGCUCACGCUCACCAAGGAUCGUGUGAUAGACGCUGGGCCCAAAGGAAACGCGUCUCGGUUUAUAAACCACAGCUGCAGCCCAAACUGUGAAACUCAGAAGUGGACGGUUAAUGGAGAUGUUCGAAUUGGACUCUUCGCCCUGUGUGACAUCGAGGCUGACGCAGAGCUGACAUUUAACUACAACCUUCACUGUGUGGGCAACAGAAGAACGACUUGUCUCUGUGGAUCAGACAACUGCUCGGGGUUUCUUGGGGUGCAGCCGACGAGCGCUGUGGUGAUGGAGAAAGAGGAGAAGGCCAGGAAUGCUAAGCUAAAGCCGAAGAAGCGGAGGCUGCGGCCGGAGGGCAAACACACGCACGAAUACUUCUGUUUUUGCUGUGGAGAGGGAGGGGAGCUGGUGAUGUGUGAUAGAAAGGACUGUCCAAAAGCAUACCACCUGCUGUGUCUUAACCUCACCAAGCCACCAUACGGACGCUGGGAGUGUCCGUGGCACGACUGCAGCAUUUGUGGUGGCCCAGCCUCAUCCCUCUGUGACUUCUGCCCUCGCUCGUUCUGUCGGGACCAUGAGGCAGGGGCGCUCACCCCUUCCUCCCUGGAAGGCCGUCCAUGUUGCUGCAGUCACAACCCUAUGAGUCCCCUGGGCUCCAACUCCAGCUCAACCCAGCUGCGCCACUCCGCCCUCAGUCCUGUCAGGGUCAAAGAGGAGAUGGAGACGGAGCCUGGGCAACCGGCCACAGAGUGACACCGCAGCUCCCCUCAAUACCUCAUUCCCUGUAAAGUGCGCUACUGUUGGCCUCUUUGGCUCCGAUCCACCUCUGAUCUGAAGCUGCACACUGCGAAAGGGAAUACAGUGCUUUUUGACCAGUGAGAUGGUCCCCAUUCAGAAACGAGACACACCAACGAACACCUCGAUGGCGUUUGUGGUGAGAGCAGAGCGACUGGACCGUUGGCAGGGGAAGUGUCCAGGCAUCAUCGUGUGCCGUUUACCCUCCUCUCUUGCCAUGAAACACCACCACUAAUGCUCUCUGCAGCUCACCUGCCUCCCAUCAGAGCGCCCAGACCACCACCUCGAUAUGUUUCUUAUGUUUUUGUUACAGCUGUGGAAAUUUUUGCGUGUUAUCACGUUGUCGGUUAUCGGCACUUUGAAGAAUUCGCCCAGUGGGGUGGAGGGAGAGGUAAAAGAGAAGAUGAAGAAGAGGAGACGGAGGAGUUGUAAUGUUGGACCUCUCCACUACCGUGCUGCUCCUCUCCUUGUUUACCUGCUGUAAGCUGUGGUUGGCAUCUCACACACACACGAUGGCUGUAUGGAGACGAGCCAUCCCCUUUUCUCCUCCUUCGCAGCCGAUCAUCACUCCUGACGUGAUCUGUCAUCGUAUUUAUCUCUUCUUCUUCUUCUUGUUCUUGGAGGAAAGGAGGAAGGGAAUGACCGAUUUUGUGCAAUUUUUUUCAGGACCACACUACAUUCCAACCUUCCUUAGACAUGGUUUUAAUAUACUUAUGGGUAUAGAUGAAUAUAAUUAUAUACAGUAUCUAUGUUUGUUAAUGUUUACAGACAGAUUCUCUCACUUCAUCUCGGUGAGUGGUGUAUUACGUUUGUUUGUUUAGGUGUUAAGCAUUACGCAGACCUCCUUGUGAAAAUAGUCCUAUUAAGGUGAAAUAUAAUGGUAUAUAGUGUAAUGGUAUGACAUUACAGAAGUACUUGUGAUUUUCAUAUUGCCAGUCUCACUUGCCAUUGUGUACAUAAUUGGCUCAUACUAUUGUAAAGUACUUAAAGAUCAGAAGGGACGGAGCCUCGCCUCUCUGGUUGUUCCUGGAAGAAGGAAAUGCUUUUUUAAACAAGACAGAUCCUUUUUAUUUUCUUUUUUCUAUACAGUUCUGUUCCCAUAUGUCCUCCGAGCAGUCACUGUUAUUUGUAUUGUAGAUGGAGGGGUUCGGCUUGUGAUCACUGGUGCUGUCUUAAAGUAUUGUUAAUCAGCCUUAAGUUCGUUUCUGGCUGUAGUAACUACUGCCCAGAUACAGUUAAUUUCAGUAACAUUGUGUACUGUGACUGCUUUGAUGCUUGUUUUGUUUUGGGUUUUUUCCAUUUUUUUGUUUUGCCAAACUUUUCUGAAAAGCACUUUUACACAGCUUGUCGCUACACAAUUUAAGUAGGUCAUACAUAUACAGAAAUGUAUAUAAAGAGAACAUAAGACAAGUGUUUCAAAAUGGAUACCUCUUCUUCUUGUAGUAACAUCGGAAUUUAAACUGUGUUGUAACUUUUUUCCUCUCGGUCAGAAAGGUGAAGAUUGCUGGGCGUGGUUUUUAUUUUUUGUUUUUUUUUUUGGAGGAAAGUGGCCUAAAUGCUGUUUUUGUUUUGUUUUUUGGGGGGGCAAGUAGGAAUGACUGCCAGCCCGGCUUUGUACAAAAAAACGUCCUCUGUGUUUUGAGAGGCACUUGUUCAUUUUUCCACCUGGAGAACAUCCUCAAGGCUGGGCUUUAUAUAAAGACAUAAUGGUAAAACAACAGUCCAGUUCAGUAUAGUGUACAAAUACAAACCUAUGUACAGUGUUUUUAAUCGCUCAUCUGUCAAAUCCAAAUUUUUUGUAUUUAUUGCACCACAUUUUAUACCAGUUUCUUUUUCAAACACCAGUGCAGUAAUUUGUCUCCCUCUCCCCCCACAGUGUAAGUGAAAUAGACUAUUUAAAAAAAAAAUUGGGGAGUUUUACAUAAUAUGUCUGUAUCUAGUCAUUGCAUAUAUAUAUAUAUAUUUUUUUGUACACUUGGUGUAAUGAUUCCACAUUUGGUCACAGCCGCUGAUCAUCAACUUGUAUCGUGACUCACUGUAAUUGGUGUUAAAAGCAGUGUGAAGCAGUUCAAUAUUGGAAUGUAAAGUUUCAGUUCCAGAGCAGUUUUUUGUGCUUGUUUUCUUUAAGCCUGGACUCAAGCGAUCAUCACAGCGGGAAGUUUAUCUGUUGUCAUGCCGCAGCCUUUUGCUUGUUAUUCUCCCCCAGUAUACUUGGUUACAUGACUGUUUGUUUUCUGCCCUUAAAAGAUGUUUUUUUUUUCCUUUUUUUGUCUGUUUAAAGUCGAGCCACAGGGUGAAGCGGUGCCAACCCUUCCAGAUCAUUUCAGCUUAUUUAGGGUCUCUUCCAAUAAAUAGACUAAAUACAGUAAACUAUGAAGAAUGAACUGUAUAGAAUAAAGCAUGAAAAAGAAUGGGUAACAUUGGGUACAGAAAAGUGAGAAAACUCAAAAAACAAAAAUGCUCUAAUUGGAAUAAUAGUUUGUGUCUGAUAUGGUUUUUUUUCCCCCAAAGUGCUGUACACAAGAGCUCUCCAACUUCACUUCUCAGUGAACAUGCGCUGGAGGUUUCGAGUCUCCACAACACACUUGUGAACACGAUUGGCCCCACACAAAUUGUCCUUUCACAAAAUCAUCUGGUCUGUGCAUCUUUAUGGCGAGCACAGAGAAAUGUUCUCCCUUCAGGAGAUUACUUUAAAGGCAGCCCUGUAGUGUUAAACUCAUACAUACAAGAAUAAAUACAAAAAUGAUUCUGCACAGUGAUGCUCAGCGUGCAUACGUAGGACUGAUAAAUGUUGGAGGGGAGCAGGAUUUUAUGCAGGCCCUUAACUGACUAAAGAACACAGAAAAAAUGAAAGACCAGGAAGAACCCGUACUUCUUUCUCUGUGUCAUUUAUGCCAUUAAAUUGAUGCAUUUGUGUACAAAUUUAGCAUUUUCAGUAUUCUCACUUUUCUACAUUCAUGUGCCCCACCUCUUUUUCUUUCUUUCUUUCUGCUAUUAUCAACCCUUUCAGGAAGCCUUUUUCCACAGUUUUUCAUGGAUUUCUAAAAAAGAAAAAAAAGAAAAAAAAAGACAAAUAAAACUUGCUGAUUUCUUAAGCGCGGCUCCCAAAUUUGCCAAACUCUUUGUAUUCAGAGACAAAUUUUUUGUUCAGUAGAUGAAUGUAGGAAUUAGGCCACUUCAGUACAUGUUCAUUAUCAGGUAGGUGCAUCAUUAGGCACUUUCACAUAACGUACUCAAUGGUCUGCGUGUCUAAACUUGAAUUUUCUUUAUUUUUUUAUUUAUUAAUGUAUUAUAUUUUUACACAAGAUUCAUACAUGUGUGAUUAUCAGAAUGAAGGUCUCCUUGACUUUUGUUUGUGGUUAAAAAAAAAAAAAAAAUCUCUGACUGAUGACUUGUGGUUUAUAAAACUGAUCUUACAGCCUUUUUUUCUUUUCGAGGCGGCUGUUCAGAUGAAAUGCAUGCUCCCAACAUCAGACACUGGUUUAAUUCACCUCUGUAUUCAGUUGUCAGUUGUUGAGUCUUUAAAUGCCUAAUUUUAAUGCCAAUGUUUUGUUUUUGUAUUCCUUUAUUAUUAUUUUUUACCAUAUUGCACAGAGAUUGUGCAAAACUUAACAGCCUUUUUUUUUUGUUUGUUUUUGCACCUGCAGAUCGCACGAUCACGAAUUUCUUUGUGCCAGUUUGUCCUCCUCGUCCUGUUCUCUGCUGAUACAGCAGCAGUAUUAUGUAUGCCUAAUUUAAGUGUCGCAGUGUGCAGCAUUUCAGUUGCUUAAAAGUCUGUCAGAUGUGUAUAUUUUCUUGCUUUCUUCACAUUGUAGUGCCCACUUUUUUUUAAGUGACAGCAUGUUUGUUUUCAGUUAAGUGACCCUUAAAUAUGCCUGAGAAAGAUUUUUCUAAGUGUGCAGGAAUUUGCCAAUUAAAUUUUUUCCUAUAUAUUUAAUUUUAGGAUGGACCACCCUCACUUUUGUUUGUCAAAAGGUAUGUUUCAGUUCACUGUGAUGUCUUUUGGUUUUUGUGCAAUGUUGCCGACUGUCAUUAAGUUUUUAGUUGACAUGCUGUCAGAGGAAAAAUAGUGUUGGAAUAAAUAAAUAAAUCCACCUCCAUAAGCACUCAUCAUCUCUUUGUACUUGUAGUAAAAUUACUUACAGUAACUCUAACUGGGGUCAUAUCUAUCUCUCUCUUGGUGUUGCUUCAAUUAAAACGUGGAUGAACACAAAAUACCAUGUUGAUUACUGUUCAACCUGUGUUACUGCAUACUGCAUAUUGAUAAAGAUCUUGUAAAUAGUUUGCAUUGAACUUGCAUAGACUCAUGUUACUGUGGUGUGCUCUUUUUGCCUGUACAAUUCUGCUACUAAAUGUGUGUGACUGUUGAGACGACACUCUUUUUGUACAUGACUGUCUUUUUAUUUGACAAUAUUGAUUCUGUCCUUUUUCAUUCUAAAGUUGAGUUUGAAGAGUUCAGACAUGCCUGAAGUUUGACUUUAAUAAAGCUGUACUCUGUCUCGGUGAA